AUGACGAAUCUGUCGCACUUUGUCGACGUCAACGUGGCGGCCCUGGCCACCGACGCGGGCUACUUUGCCAAACUUCCCGCGACCAAUAUCAUCGAGCCAGCAAUCUCGCUGCUCGCUUACCACGACGACUUUUACCGUGUGCUGGGCCGAGAUGCCAAGGCGCGGAAGGUCUGGGAUCUCCCCUGGGAAGCGUUCCAUGAGGCGGGCAUCUACAACAAGCGGGACAACUCCCUCUACGUCACGUCAAAUUUCCAGAGCCUCAAGGACAAUAUCAACAUCACCGUCGUGUCGCUCGACUCCGAUGACUAUCCGUUCUACAGCACGCAGUUCCCAGACUUGGCCGAGGCAAAUGGAGGAACAAACUACUAUCCUCCGGGAGCCAAGCGGAACCAGACACCGCCAAUGCAGCUUUACUGUGACGAGGGAGACUUUGAGCGUCCCUCGCAGCUUUUGGCCGUUGACCCAAACACCAACAAGUCGACGCCUGUGUUGACAAACUUCCUUGGCCGCAACUUUUCCUCGCUCAACGAUGUCCGACAGCACCCCGUCACCGGCGACCUCUGGUUCACCGACGCAGACUACGGCUACUUCCAGCAUUUCCGCGCGGAGCCUACCCAGCCGAAACAGGUCUACCGCUUUGAACCAGACACGGGCGCCAUCCAGGUCGUCGCCGACGGCUUCGUGCAGCCAAACGGGCUUGAGUUCUCGCCCGAUCUCAAGACCCUGUAUGUCUCCGACACGGGCAGCCAGCAGUUCAAGACAGUCCCCACGGGUCCGUCUUCAAUCUAUGCGUUUGAUGUCAUCGACAAAAAGCGCCUCGCCAACCGCAGGACCUUUGCUUGGGCGGACACGGGUUUUCCCGAUGGCGUGCACUGCGACACCAAGGGCAAUGUCUGGGCAUCGUGCGGAGACGGUGUUCACAUCUGGAACAAAAAGGGCGAGUUCCUGGGCAAGAUAUUUGUCGGCGAGAUGAGCAACAACUUCGCCUUUGCGCCGGGUAAGGUCUUUGUCUUUUCCAAUGCUCGCCUAUGGGUGGUGGAGAAUGUGAAGGCUCAGGGGAGAGAGGUUUGCCAGGACUUUGGCGUCGGGUGUGAUAAAUAG